CCUUGUGGUUCAACGUGAGCACGGCAGCCGAGAGGACAGGCAGCUCUCGCGAUACUUGUUCCCUCCAGGAUUUCCAGUCAAAACGAACCUGACAGCGGUCGGAAAAGUUGCUUUUGAUCCCAGAAACCUGCUUUUUGUGCUGUGAUGAAGAUCAGACCCUGAUGAUGAAGAUGGAGAAGGGGAGAGCAGACAGUUGAUGUGUUCUGAGGAGGAGGAAGACGAUGAGGAUGAACCACAGCCAGCUGUUGUUUCUGUCCAGAGAAGAAACAUCUGGAAACUUCCAGAAAGAAGGGACACUGCGAGUCGGACGGCAGGAGAGAGCGCUCACUGACAGGUUUUGUCGGCUGAGAGGAAACCUACUGUUCAUCCUGAAGACACAGGGCGGUAAGCUAGAGGAGGUGCUGCUGUUGGAGAGAUGUGAGGUCAUGAAGCUUCCAGACCAUGACAGACGACUGGCCGUCAGCUUUGAGAGUGGCGACCCUCCCGUGUUCCUAGAGUCCAGUAGCACCGCAGAGUGCGCGUCGUGGCUCGUCCUCCUGAGAGACGCCAACACUGAGACGCUGAGGCGACGCAUCGCACAGCUCUGCACGCUCAUCAGCACGCACACCGCCACCACUCUGCACACGCAAGAACACAGUGCACACUUCACCGGGGGCGGCGAUGCUGGAGGUGCAGGUGGAGUGGAAGCUGCUGCUAAAGUGUCUCCGCUGCACCUGACUGUAGAGUGUCGAAUUGUGGUUUCCGUGGCAGCCAGAGUCCAGCUACAAGUUUGUGUGAUCGACACUCACACUCACACAGUCAGGAAGCACUGCUGCUGUCAGAUAGUGGAGGGACUGGAUGACAGUGUGUUUCUAACAUCAGUGUGUUUCUGUGGUGACUACCCACUCUACCAUCACAGCAGGAUCAAACUCACCGUUUCCCAUGCAGAGGAGCCGACAGCACAUGCCACUUCCGCUGGGCGCUUCAGUAAUCUGCAUAUUUCCCAUGAUGCUGGUGUGUUUGUAAUCCUGUCGGCCAUGACGAAAAAGGAGGAGGAGGAGGAGGAGGAGAAAAAGGUGAUGGAGGGAGCAGGGAGAUACUCGGCCGGUGUGUUUUAG